UGAUAUUUCACAAUUUACUUUAUUAAAUAUUGCGAAAUUUAUAAUCGCAACAAAACAACUCUUUCUGUUUGAAAAUUGGUUAUUGUCAUUUAUUGUUUUCUUGCGGCCAUUUGUAAUGUCACGUGAUAUAAGUGCGUUGCGGGGCAGAUAAUAGAUUGUUGUAUAUAGAAUCACUGUACAUAUUGUACAAAUAACAAAACAUGAGUUCCAACAUUCGAACCACCUCAAAGGGUGGAAAGGGGCUAAAGUCUGAUAAGUCCCACAAAUCAGAUGGAAGCAAAGGAACAAGUGACAAAUUUCACAAUAAAGAGGCCAACUCCAAAAAUGAGGAGCUUAGUAUUAGAGAAAAAGUAAAACAACUCAUUGAAAUGACUCAACGAUCUGAAGAGGAAGUUUGUUUGGCGUUGCAUGAAAGUGACAAUGAUAUUAAUGGUGCUAUCAAUAUGUUAUUUGAGGAGUUGGGUACUGGUGAAUGGGAAACACGUGAUAAGAAGAAAAAAAAGAGGCAAGCUUCAGCUAGCAAACCUGACAAGGGUGGUGAAGAGGGAGCUGCUGUUGAUGAUUGGAAUGAUGGAGGUACACAGGGGCCAGUUAGAUCUGGUGAUGAAAAAGAAAGGAGUCGCAACCACAGUAAUGGAGCUACAGGCCGUUAUAGCCGCAAGACUGGAUCAGGCAAGGAACGACAUGAAAAUGAACGGAACUUUGAAGAUGGAAGUGCAGGAAGGGGAAAUGAUAGGCGAUGGCGUCAGGGAGCCCCUACGCGUGGUGGAGGUGGAAGAGGUGGACGUGGCGGCGGCAGAGGGGGAAGAUAUCCACCAAGAGGUAGUCGUGGUGGUGGCGCUCAUCGGAAUGAUUCCAAUUACAACAAGCAACCUAUUGAUACUUGGGAUAACUCGAAUACAUGGGACAAUACUACUUUGCCUGCCACUAAUCAUAACACUGCUGAUGAGUGGGAUGAUUUUCCUGGCGCCGACGAGUGGUCAACUGAAGAGUACAGCCUGGUAGAAACAAAAGUAUUUACCCCAAGUGUGCAGCCAAGUGUGGAUACAUUCAGUGAAACUACGGCAGCCAAUUUGGAGCAAAAUCUAAGUAAUUUAUCUAACCAAGAAAACAAUUACGGUCAACAAUUGAAUCAGUCGUUACAAAUUGGCCAACAAAAUGUACAAAUUCCAUCCCAAAGUCCAGUUCCGCCAUUGGUAGGAACAUUGACCGCUGCACAAACACAGUAUUUCUCACAAUUAUCCCAACAGAAUAGCGAGAAUCUUAACAAACAAUACAGUUCUGUGGCUUCAUAUCCAAGUUCUGUACAGCAGGUUUACAACACCUCUCCUCAAGUUUACAAUUCAUCAGCCACGCAGCAGCUAUAUAACAGUACCUCCCAGCAGUCCUAUAGUACACAACCUUAUAAUGCGAAUCAGUUAAAUAAUUACAGUACUAGCAAUUUUCAGUCUGCUAAUCAGCCUGUUAGGACGAAAACUCAAAGAGCAAGAGUACCUCCACCUUCAAAGAUUCCAUCUAGCGCAGUUGAAAUGCCUGGUGGGGAUAUGAAUAGCAGUAUAACUUACCUUGACGUUCAGUUUGGUGCUAUGGACUUGAUGGACAAUAACUUUGAUUCUAACACAUCGGAUUUGAAAUUUGGUAGCAGUGCAAAUAAUUCUGCUUCGAACCUGGUAGAGAGUACCUCGGGUACUUCUGCUGGUGGCUUGGAUUUGGCAACUGGAUCAACAAACCAGAGUGCAAGUGGAUUAGAUCCUUAUUCCAAAAACGCAUCACAAAGCAGUAUUAGUUCAUCUUUAACACAGAAUCUUUCUAAUUCGGACAAUGUUUCUCAAACUAGUGAACAUUUAAGUACUAGUUACAAUACCACAUCAUCUGUUACUGCUAGAAGUACAUCUCAAACAUCGGGUAUUGUAUCCGUUUCGUCUUCAACGCCAUCUGGUUUAGAUUUAACGAAACAACAGCAAGAAAAUCAUUCUUAUAGCUCCCAGUCAACGACUUAUAAUUCAUAUCCGUCUAACGCAAACACAUAUAGUGCGUCACCUUAUAGUUCAACACAGACAACUGCAAGCUCUUACGGAAUGGCUAACCAAGGCAGUACAUAUAUAAAUAACCAAUCAGCUAAUUCGUAUAACACUGUUAGUGCGAGUUCAUAUCCAAAUCCAUACCCGGGUUCUACAUCAUAUCAGUCCAAUACAAAUGCAGCAUUUCCCUCCAUGACUCAGACAAAUUCGUAUCAGACAAGUAGUCCAUCUUAUCCAAAUACUAGCCAGUCAGUAUAUGGCGCUAACACAGGGUUAAGUAAAUCAAAUUUUGGUAGUACAGCAACAAGUCAAUACAACAAUUACAGUUCCUCGACUACAAAUAAAUUAGGCAAAGAAAAUUCAUAUGAUAAUAGCACAAGCACAGGCAAUAGUUCUCACAGUGCUGCAACCAAUAACACCACCUCUACGAAUUCAUUGUCAUUAUCGCAAUCGACAGUUCCUAGUACAAAGACGACCGCAACUUUAGCAAAAAGUUCAAACAGCGUAGUGUCCAAUAUACCGCCGGGAGUGACGCCGGUUAUGAGCGCUCCUUAUAUAAUGGGGCAAGUACCUUAUUUUCAACAGCCCAUGUAUUCAUACGAGGAAGUACAGCUGUUGCAACAAAGAUUGCCCCAUAUGACGACACCUUAUUACGAUAUGGGUUACCAGACUCCAACUACUUUGGCAGCUGUAAGAGGUGAUCCGACCGGAGCCCUAGGCGGAGGAGUAGGGUAUUCAGCGAUGUCCGCCGAUGGUAGGUUUGCCACGGCCGCCACGGCACGAGGAGACAAUAAUAGUUCGCCCGUACCAUCAUCAGCAUUAACAGCGGGCGUGCAGUCGCAAGCAUCUACGCUAACGGCGCAACAGGGCCAUCAGGCGCAACCUAUAUUAACACCAGGAACGGCGCCGCCUUAUUUCUUUGCGACGGCUUUCAAUACCAUCGCUGCGGCGCCCAAUUACCCUCAGUUUGGGGCAAUGUAUACGCUUCCUGCUGUGACAAAUGCCCACGGUUCGACAAAUAGCAAUCAGUAUCCUAAACCCGCAACAUAUGGUUCGGCUUCUGGCUAUGGUCCUUAUGACACGCUAGGUCAGUCAGCGCAAGAAUAUGCAAAGAGCGGUUUUGCAGUGAGUAAUGCAGCAGCUGCUGCGGCAGUAGCUGCACAAGCACAAAAAGCCAAUCAAGGUAAUUCUUCUACAGGGGGUUCAGCAACGAAUGAUUUAAGUGCGAUAUAUGGAAAGUCCCAUACUGCUUUAGGCAAGGUUAAUUCAUAUGAUAAACAAGGCUUCCACUCUGGUACCCCGCCUCCAUUUACCGGAACAUUACAUGGAAGUCAAAGUACAGGUUUACCAAGUGGUACGGGAUAUGCUCCUCAAAUGUACAUACCAGCUAUGGCACCUCAGCAUCACACAACUGCCCUGAUGCACCAACCCUUACAUCAGAUGGAUUUGAGGCAGCAAGGCCGACGCAUGGAUUCUGGAAAUUCAACCGGGAACCGUUCGCAGGGUUCAAACCAGGCAAAAGCUGGCUCAAAACAGUCGUACCAGGCUUCCUACUGGAAUCAAAAUUAAAAGAUGGCAAAUCCUCCCUUUAUCAACUGCUCACCAUACUUCGUCCCCCACCAUAAUAAACCUUUAUUACAUUAAAAUAGAUUUUUUUGAUAAGUAUAUUUAUCUUUUAAAUUUAUAAUUAUUUCAUACACAUUACACAAACAACAUUGUGUAAAAUAUUCUAGAUAUAAAUUAUUCUCUAUUGUCUAUUUAUUAAUUGUUUUAUUGGUCCAUUGAGGUAUGGCUAGUCAUUGCAAAAAGUGUUUUUGUAAGUGGAACUACACUAAAAUUUCCAUUACUGGCACGCGUUAAAGCUUUAGUGGUUUAAUUUUUUUUAAGAUGCUGUUUAAAUUUGACUAGCGUUUGAAAAAUUUGUUCCACUAGGUGAAAGGCAGAAAACAACAAUAAACGUGAGAUUAAGUUGCUCCCUGCAAUGUUCAUUAACUUAUUUUUCCCUGGAGUAUAACUAUUAACCAUCGUGAAUAAGAGCUUAUUUCAAACAAUUUGAAAUGUUAUGAUCCUUGGUACAUAUACUUUAUGCUUUUUUUAACAGUAUUACAAAUAGUUACAGUAAAGCAUUGAAUUGUGCAAUUACGGUGCAAUUCUUUUUAAAAUUUAGAAUGUAUGUUUUUUGUUUUCUCUUAUUUCCCAUGAAGAGGAGUGAAUAUGUUGCGCAUUUUGGUACUUUUUUUGUAUUAUGCUUCGGUGUGUUAACAUUUUAGUGUUUCUCUAGCUAAAUAUACAAUUUAAUGAGAUUUCUAUAGCAUCUAUUAAAAAAAAAAGAACCAAUAGAAAACCAUUUGAGAACAGAGUAUGUCACAUUUUUUUUUGUGACGAAUAUGCCCCCCAAUUCUGGGGUAAAAUUGUACCCGUAGAUAUGAGAAUCAAUUUUUCAAAUUUUUUUAAAGCGAAGUUUGUGAUGUAGUUGAAUCAGUGACGGAGAAGUCAAUUUGCAUCAAGUAAGGAAGAAUAUUUCUAUGGCAAAAUAUGUUUUGUCUUCUCACUUCAGUGAAAAUUUCACCAUUUAAAAUUUAAAAAGUCUUACGUCUUCGUGUUGUGAGCAAAAACUCAUCAUUAAACAAUUGCCCUUUUUUCCAAUAUUUUUGUACUUGUGUAGAUUUUGUAACAUUUAGGCAGAGAAAAAUUGAGAUCUGAAACAUUUGUAUAUUUAUGAACUGUCGCCAAGUACGGUGGCGUGAAUGAACCAAUAUGGGGGUUGCUGGAAUAGUUUUAGUACAAAUGUUAUAUGUUAGAUUAGCAAGAUUGUCACAAAUAUAUUAACGAUUGAAGAUGUUAUCCCCAUCAUUGAGUUUUUAAAUAUUUAAGUGGAAAUAUCUGAAAAACCAUUACCAGAUCCAAUUUUUUCCUAAUGUUAAAUUGAAUACAGGGUAUGGAUUUAUCGUUUUGAGGGCAGUUAUUACACAAACACGAAUGGUGGACUGUCAAAAUUAAUUCUGUAUUUGGGAAUAUAACUUUUUAAAAUUUAUUUAUUUAGAACUAACAAACCUGAUCUCUUUAGUUUGCCAAUUAAGAGACCAAUUACCUUGUUGAUAGCAAAUGAAUCAGAUCUAAAACAUUUGGUUCAUUUAGAUUCAAAAGCAUUUUUUUUGUAAUUUAUAAAUAACAACUUUUGCAAAACAGCAUUAUACUAAUUUUAAUUUGAAAUCAGUUAUUUUACACUUCUACAAAGUCAUGAUUGCUACAUUUGCACGUGUGGUUUGCCAUGUUUUAAAAGGAGAGCCUUAAGAAUAAGAGAUUAAAAUUGAUUUUUUUUUAAUUUAUUGCUAAUAUAUUUUUUUAAUUCUUUCUGUCAAAAAAACAAAGAAAAACUAAAUCAAUUGCAGAUAUAUAAUUGCUUUUAAAGUAGACUCCUUGUUUGGUGUAUUUCAAUCCCCCUGUAGCUCAUUAAAUUUUUAUGUAUGGAACAUGCAACUUAAUGGGAUAAAAAGUAUUUUUCAAUUGAACAAAUUAUUCUCAUUAUUUCAAACUGCCCUUUAAUUUCGUGUACUAACUUGCCACAAACCAAUAAACACUUUAACAUCCUCCUAGGUUAACAGUUAUUUUCAAAUUAUCAUAUUCAAGGAAAUAUGUCAUAAUAUUUCGCUGUCUGAAUAUUCUAAAUUACUUGAUCCUCUAUUUAUAAUUUGGAUUAAUCCAAUUUUCUCGUAAUUGUACAUAUUAUGGCUUUAAAGAAAUAAUUUGUAUCGACACAUUAUUGCUGUGUACCUAUUUUUGCCUUAGUUUACAUUAAAAAAUAUUAGAUUUAGAUUAAAGAUGUAGGUAAAUUGACUUACCUUUGUUGUCAAGUCAUAUAUAACUGACUUUUGGGCGGUCAGAUUAAACUUCAUCUGUAAGGAUACCAGUAAGACGAAACGUUAAGGGUCGCGGGUUCUCCUUAGCUGAUGAAGAAGUUGAAGACAACUGAGGUUUUUUUAAUUUUAUUUUUAUGUAGGAUUUAUUAUGGACUAAAUAAUAAACUUGUGUACCUAUUUGCUAAUUUGUAUAAAUAUUCACCUAUUGUAGACACUGUAUAUGUGUAGUUUUGUUUUGUAUUUGCUAACUUAUAAAUAUAUUGAGGAAAUACACAUGGAUACUUCUGAAU